GAGCAAAGAUCCAUCUUCACGGGCGGCUCCAAAAACCCGAAGAAGCCGAGCGGCGACGCCUGGUCCGUUGUGAUCGUAGGUGACGACAACCACGGCUUCAGCUUCCAGGGGGCCAUUAUAGGGAAGCACAAGAGCGGCGCCGACAUCGCCCUCAAGGACAACGCCGAGCACGAGACAACCUCCACGACCGUCGAGAUCACAGCCCUUAUAUGGGCCUUCGCCUGGGUGAUACACUACAACCCCCACCACAUCACCGCGAUAUCCACGGACUCGCUCGGCGCCCUGCAGCUCGCAAGGAGGCUCGCCUUCGCCGGCCACGACCCCAAGCUCGUCGGGGCACUCUGCAUCCUCUACGACAUGGUCAGCAACAAGAUCGACUUGCAGCGCGUCCAUGCCCGCGACUGCAACCCGUGGAACGAGGUUGCCGACGCCGCCGCCAACCGCGGACGCCUGCAAGAAGUUACACCUCCUCAGCCAGAGUGGGCAAGCGUCAUGGACGGCGCAUCCCAGCGGGACUGGGAGUUCCUGAUCGACGCGGAUCCCAGCGCCAGGGGGCGCACCCCGUUUUCGGACACGGCAGCCUCGCAGCUAACAGGGUCGAGGCGGCCGCCGAGGCCCGACACUUUCACAGCCCCGCCGGGACAAGACGACGGCGCCAGAUGCGUUAACGCCAACUGCUACCACAUCAUCUCCAGCGGUCACAAAGGGUUCAACUACGGCUGCGAACUGCACGUUCUACUCAGCAAGCUCUACGGCAAGAGCGUUCUCGUCAAGGACCCCAGGCUCCUUAUCGUCCGCGUUGCCGCCCCUGGCUUCAACCGCGUGCUUGCCGUCGCCCGCGCCCCGCGCUCGAAGGCCCUCGCGACCGUGAAGGGUCGCUACUGGAAGCAACUCGCGGAUGCCGCCGAAAGGCGCCAAGCGAGCAUCAUCUUCUUCGACGCAAAUGCCAGGGCAGGCAGCAUCGCCAGCACGGUCAUCGGCGACAAGGGCUUCAAGCAACACGAGGACCCAGAGACCAAGGACGACCACUACCCAGUCAAGCUGCAGCUUGCCUACCAGACCGUCUCGUCCGUCACCAAAGGAGCCCCGAAGUUAGGCGAGAGCAAGCUAGCCGGCGACGGUUGCCGCAAAAAGUUUAGCCCAAAACUCGACGAGGCCAAACGCCCGCCCUGGGGCACCAACCUCAACGAGCACCUCGCCAUAGUCACCGAGAAGAUCACGGAGGCUGCGCGCGAGUGCUUCCGUUCCCACGGCCGCACUCCGCACAAGCCCUACAUCGCCAGGCUACGCUACGCGGCCGAGCUCAUAGCGAAGGAAGCUCUCCUGCCCGACCCCGCCGACGUGAGUGCCCUGGCCGAUCUCAGCGACUACGCCAAAAUUGUGGUGGGCUCCAUCAAUUUCAGCACUCCCAGCCUGGCGACCUCUGUCGUGGAACCCGACGAAGUCAACGCCGUGCACAGCGCCCGGCACUACUUUGACGCCCUCGUUCGCUUCUUCCAGACGUCUAAGUCGAUCCCACAGAAGUGGAUCACGACAGACCGCGACGACUUCCUCGAGAGGACCGCCGACGAAAUGGGCACAGCGAUCGACGACCACGCCCCCCGUUUAGAGGCCCUGUAUGCGAAGCGACUACUGGCCUUCGGAGGACGAAAGUCCAAGAAGCCGCCGACGCCCAUCAUCCGCACCAACGACGACGGGAAGCCCUUCACGACGAAGAGCGAGAUCGCCGACCACGCUCUGGCCUUCUACGGCAACGUCGAGCAGGCUACAGGCACGGACGCAGACGGGGUAGCAGCCGACUACACUAAGAGGACCCGCCACGAAGGGCCAGGACCUAAGAUCCAGAACGUAAUACCCAAGCACCAGCUCACCAGCCAGCUCGCCGCCGCCAAGCGAGGCCGCCGAGGCGGCCCCGACCAGCUCACCGACGACAUGUCCAGAGCCAGCCCUGAAGGGAUGGCUCGUCUGCUCCACCCCGUCCUGGUCAAGACCCACUUCGAGAGCACCGAGCCGAUCGCCGCCAAGGGCGGGUACUCCACCUACUUCCACAAGGAACAGCGGGCCAUGGAGCUCCAGGAAUCCUACCGCGGCAUCCUGCUCAGCAACGCCAUCGGCAAGAUGCACAGCAGCUUCCUCCGCUCCCGCGUGAAGGGCCUGCUACCCGAGCUCCUAGAAGCAACCCAGUGCGGUGCCAGGCCCAUGAUGGCCGCGGAUUUCAUUACUCACACCAGCCUCGCCCUCAUCAGCGACUGCCGAAGGAGAUCAAGAUCAUGCAGCAUCACUUUCCUGGACCUCAGGGAGGCCUUCCACUCCGUCAUCAGGGAAUUUUGCAUGCAAUUGCAGACUUCCGCCGACGAGCUGAACGAGCUCAUCGAACGAAUCGACAUUCCCGACUUCAUCAGACCAGCGCUAAAGGAACGACUUCAGCAGCCCGCCUACAGCAACCAGCACAUCGACGACGAGCACCUCUGCCACAUGAUCGCAGAUCAACACACCACCAACUGGAUGACAGCCAAGAGCGCAAGGCACUGCCAGCUGCCUCGGACCAGCACCCGACCUGGAGUGCCAUGCUCGGACGUAGCCUUCAACAUGCACUUCGCCAUCAUGCUGGGGGCAAUCGACCAGGCAGUCCAGGAUGAAGAGGCCCACGGUCGGCAGAUAGGCGGACGCGAGAUAGAGGCCUGCAGCGAGCCUCUCUUUUCACCGAACCCUCACGAAGGAAGCGUGCUCAGGAACAUGUCCUUCGUCGACGACCUCACAGAGUACAACUCGACCGCAAGCGCCAGCGACCGGAUCAACGCUCCCACUCUUGCAGCUGCCAGGCUCUGCGCAGCAGCGUUCCAGCAUGGCCUGAAGCCACGCCCAGACAUGACCAAGGCCAUCCUCGUGCACUACGGCGCGGGG